AUGGCUGAAGGUACUAGAACCCAGAGAAUGGAGGAUAACGUUCGUUCUCUUCUUGAUUUCAAGAAGACUGCCGAGACACAACUACUGUUGAUGCAGCAGAGCAGUUUGGAGAUCAAUCAAAAUCUCCAGCAAUUCAUGGCCACGAUAGAAACACAGCUCAAUGAUAUCCAUUUUCAUCAAACUAACCAAGCCCCUCAUUCCAAUACCGACAUUCCACCAUUGCAGCCUGCAAUUUCGUCCUUUGCUCCACCGAUGAAGCAUUUACGGCUGAAUGUUCCUCGCUUUGACGGGUCGAACCCUGCAGAUUGGGCCUUCAAAGCUGAGCAGUUCUUCCGUUAUCACAAUACACCUGAGGAUCAACGUCUGGUCGUUGCUUCUUUCCAUAUGGAUGGUGCUGCUUCAUCUUGGUUUCAAUGGAUGCACAACAACAAUCUUCUAGGUUCCUGGAAAUCUUUUUUGGCAGCACUUCUUCAACGAUUUGGUCCGACAGCUUUCGAUGAUCAUAGGGGUGCCUUGUCUAAGCUCCAGCAGACUGGGGAUGUUGCUGCAUACCAGGCCCAGUUUGAACAAUUAUCCAAUAAAGUUAGUGGCCUUUCGGAACAAUUCCUCUUAAGCUUCUUCAUUUUAGGAUUAAAACCAGAGCUCAGGAAGGACGAUGUUGAUCAGGAGCAUAUGAGUAUUGUAGAGGAACUGAUUACUGAGACAUCAGAAGUUAGUUUACAUGCCUUGUCAGGGAAAUUUGCUCCCUCUACAAUAAGGUUAAUGGGUACAUAUGCAGAUAGGCAAAUACAAGUGCUGAUUGACAGUGGGAGCACCCACAAUUUUGUACAAGCGCGGGUGGCACAACUACUGCAAUUGCAUAUUGUUCCUAUUAGAGAAUUCAAGGUGUUGAUAGGUAAUGGUGAUUACCUCCUUUGUUCAAAGAAAUGCAAGCCAAUUUCCUUACAAUUGCAAGGCCAUACUUUCACCAUUGAGUUAUACUUGUUACCAAUUGAAGGAGCCGAGAUAGUUCUUGGGAUUCAAUGGCUGCAGCAGCUGGGUCCUAUCUUAACAGAUUAUAAGCAUCUUACCAUGAAUUUUGAAUGGGAGGGUCGCAAAGUUCAGUUACAAAGAGAAAUGGCUGUCAAGCACGACCCUGUAUCUCAUCAUCAAUUGGCUAAAAUGACAGCUGCACAAACUGUAGCUUCAUUUUAUCAUAUGAAGAUGGUAUCUACAGACAUUAAUUUCGAGACAGAGCAAGAGGGGCAGCUACCGCCCUCUGUAGCACAAAUCUUGGCAGAAUUUGAGGUUGUGUUCAGAGAACCAACCCAACUACCUCCUACAAGGCAGUUUGACCAUCGAAUACACCUACAAUCUGGGGCCAACUCAAUAAACGUUCGACCUUAUAGAUAUCCUCAAUUUCAGAAAGCGGAGAUUGAAACUUUGGAUAAGUUUCCGAUCCCUACUAUAGAUGAAUUACUUGAUGAACUCCAUGGUGCUACUGUUUUUUCAAAAAUUGAUCUUAGAUCUGGUUAUCAUCAAAUUAGAGUUGUGGCAAAGGACAUUCAUAAAACCGCCUUUAGAACUCAUGAAGGGCAUUAUGAGUUCCUAGUAAUGCCUUUUGGCCUUACGAAUGCACCUUCUACUUUCCAAGCACAGAUGAAUUCGAUACUCAAACCAUUUCUUCGAAAGUUUGUGGUUGUCUUCUUCGAUGACAUUCUUACAUACAGCACUUCAUUGAUUCAACAUGCACAACAUUUACGGGAGGUAAUGCAAUGCUUGCAACAACAUCAACUAUAUGCAAAAAGGUCUAAAUGCAAGUUUGCUCAGGCCUCCAUUGAUUACCUGGGCCACAUUGUUUCAGCUCAGGGGGUUGAACCAGAUCCACAGAAAAUUAAAUGUAUGAUUGACUGGCCUAUACCUGAAAAUCUCAAAGCCUUGAGAGGUUUUCUUGGUCUUACAGCCUUCAAUGUUCUCAAACAGGCCAUGGUUUCAGUCCCUGUCUUAGCUCUUCCGGAUUUUACCAAAUUAUUUGUUGUAGAGAUUGAUGCUUCUCUUGUGGGAGUGGGGGUAGUAUUAAUGCAAGAUACUCACCGCAUUGCUUAUUUCAGCAAAAAACUUAAUAAACAUUUACAGAAUGCAUCCACAUAUGUUCGAGAACUCUAUGCUAUUACCCAAGUUGUACAAAAGUGGAGGCAAUAUUUGCUUGGCAGGAAGUUCAUUAUUCAAACUGACCAUUAG